AAUAUUUUCGUAAAAAUAUAUAAAAUAUUUAUAUUAUUUCAAUAUUAUUUUUUAGAAAACAAUAAUAUAUAAUUAAAAUAAUUAUUUUUAAUAUAAUUAAUAUUAUCCGAAGCUGUUUCGAUGGAUUAAUCGUGAGAAUUGGAUUUUUGAAUCAGAAAAAUUGACUCGAUCCGUGGUGGGUCGGGUGGGGGUGGGUUGACCCGUAAACUCAGCCCUAGGUGCCACCCACUUCUUUUUUUUUGGCUUAUACGUACACGGUUGUUUAAUUUCGGUCAUAUUGUUUUUUCCUAUUUGGUUGGUUGACCUGAGAACUCAAAAGCGGCUUCCAGCGAUGCUACCACCGGAGAAUAUUCUUCCAAUCACGGCGGAAGAGAGGCAUCAUUCUUUCGGUGAGGUUAUCUCUCUUUCGGUGCAAAAUCUAAUCGCGUUUGUUUCUAGUCAACGUCCAUGGUUGGAGUUUCUAGCAUUAGGUUCUAUGGACCUUCCUACCUCUUUCUCUUCCGCUGUCUCGCGCUCAAAAGUCAACCUCCGCCAUUUCGUGGUUAACUACUCUCUCAUCACCGCGGCUUCGAUCACACUCUUCUUGGUUAGUAAUCCGACGGCUCUUGUCACCCUUGCCACUUUUGCUAUCUUGUGGUUGCUCUUAUGCUUUUGUAGGGACCAUCCUUUGGUCUUGUACGGUCGACAAGUUAGUGACAAAGUGAUCUUCUUUGGAUUGAUCGUUGGCUCCUUCUGGGGAUUGUGGCUCACGCAUUGCUUCUUCAGUCUGGUUCUUGGGGUCUUGACAGGUGUCUUGCUUUGUUUGGUACAUGCCGUCUUACGUAAUCCAGAUGACCUCUUUGUACAAGAAGAGGAAGUUGUUGUUCCUUCCCAUUUUCUUCAUUGGAGCUGAAAAAACUUUGUGCUUAUGUUUUCACUUUUGUACUACGUAUGUUUGGCCUUUGCUGUGUGUAUAACUGUAAGCUAUCUGAUCAUAUGAAAUAAACCAUAAUUUCUAUGAAUAACCAUAACAUGCAAUUUCAAACCAAAGAUGUUUCGGUUCAUCUUGACAUAAUAGUUCAAUCAACUUUAAAAGCUUAUAGAAAAAUUAUAUGUGUUAUUGUUGUAGGACUACAUACACUCGGGCAAAGGCCUUGGUAAUACUGCUCAACUAGAAAAGUAUGCAUGGAUCCAUUAAUUAGGAUUGCACUGAGCUUGAAAGAUCACCAUCCUCUAUAUUGGCUUGAGGCUUUCACAGUUAUGCUUCUCUUGUGUAAAGUUUCAUAGCAUAGCACCAUAUCCUCAUACAUCCAUUAACUAGUCAUCCAGAAUGUAUUAACUAUUAAGUUUUUUUAUGGACAUAAUCUAUCAGGUAUAUAUAUUCUACCCAAUUAUCUCUUUCGGGUUUAGACAAUAAUAUAUAGUUUUUUAUGGACAUAAUCUACCAGGUAUAUAUAUUCGUUUAACAAACUUAUUAAUAUACUCUAAAUAAAAAGUUAUAAUUUGUGGUCUAUUUCAACUUUUUGAUAUAAAAAAAUUGAGAGAUUUAGAUCUAGUUUAGUUGCAUUUGUGUUUUUCACUUUCAAAUCAGCUCUAAUAUAUGUGUGACUUUUCUUAAUACUAUGAAGAUUUGGGCCGAAUCCCAGUUUUGGGCUGAAACCCAUAAUCUGAAACGAAACAUAUAAUAUGUAAUAUUAGUUUUACCUAUAUCGUCACUCGAUCAAGUAACUUCUGAAUUUGUCCUAUGGUGUUUGUUCAUUUGAGCUAACGCCACUCAGUAUGAUAUUUUUUUAAACCAAUAUAUAUAUAUAUAUAUAUAUAUAUAUACAUGGCUAAUUUUGUUCAAAUACAAAACUUAUUCACAUGUUAAUACUGAAACAAAUCUAUCAACUGGUUAUAUUUUAAAUUUUGCCAAAAAUGGGUAAAAUGUAUUCAGCAUGUCUAUUACUAAUUCUUUAUUACUAGUUCAGAUUAAAAUUUAUUUAUUUAUACGACAUUUGUCACAUAUUUCAAAUCUUUCACGAAAAAGUAAAGAUUUUGAUUUAAAUUAUUUACAAUAUUUAACUCAAAAUGAAAUCAGCUUUACUAAGAAAAUUCAGUAUAUGUAUAUAAAAAGAUUAUUUCUUAUUCAAAUACAAAAUUAAUAAUUUGUUUGUUAUUUUUAAAACUUUAUAAUUAUAUUUUGAAAUAU